GGCGUGCCGAUGCUGCCGUUGAGGCGCUUAGUACUUAUCUACUGACAUGCUCUACGCAUUCUGCUCGCUUCAUACCAGUCCACCAAAUCUUCCUUCAAUCAUGCUGGCUCUUCUUCUUGCUGCCGCGGCAGGCACCUUCAUCAAUCAGAUUAGCGCUCAACAAUUUCAGGAUGUCAGAAGCGAGCGAGCCCUUUCAGCAGGCUUAUUGAGAAGACAAUCCACAGAUGACGACUUUGAAUAUGACGAAGACAGUGUCUGCUACAGCUACGGCAUUGACUUUCAGCACAAUGGCACCUAUUUCAUCGAUUCACGAUCCACCGACCCUUUCACAACUGCAUCUCAAUUCAAGCAAUGCGAACCAGAUACGUCAGCCUAUGUUCUCCUUGUUGACAACGAUCAUGGCGUGCAAUAUGAGUGCACUGGCGUACCGACGACACCCGACUUGACGAAUCAGAUGUCCAGUUGCCCAAUCACCAAGAACGAAAUGACUUCUGGCUCAUGGUCGGUAAUUGUGAUUGGAAACAAUGGCGACGGCUCGCCAUUUGGGUGGCAACGAGACUUUACUCUCACUGUUGGAGUGCCUGUCACGAUCACAACAACCUCUACUGUGACUUAUACGCAAACGACAACCCCUUCAACCACGAUCACUACCACAUCUACUAUUCAGACUACGACAACAGUACCAAAUAAGUCAACUGUCACACUUCCGGCAUCCACCAGAACAAUCACGGUCACGCCUGGAGCCGUCAUCACCACAAGUACAAGAUGGCUCACCCGCACCAUCAACACUUGGACCAAGACUGAAAGCAAAAUUACGAAGACCGUCGUGCCAACAUGCACGAUUCCCCCACGCCCAAGCCAACACGAUCCAAAAUGCCGAAUCAUACCAACCAUCAUCCCGAUCCCACAAGGCUUGGAAAUCGCACCAGCCAAAGCCAAACGCUCAGAAGACAUCACCAUCUCGAACACCCUCCGCAAACGAAUCGAAUCCAACAAAUCCUUCAAAGCCCGCCUCGCUCUCCAAAACCAAAAACGCUCCCCCGAUGCCCCAACAAUCACAUCCCAAGCCAACGAAGUCAUCAACGCCACAACAACAGUCACAGCACCCGUCUCCACAAUCUCAGACGUAAAACUCGAGACCAUCACAGCAACAAUUACAGAUCCACCAUGUACUGUGCGAUCUGGAACUCAAACUAUCACUACAACUCUUCCUCCGAAGACAAAGACAGUUUACAAGAUUGGUUAUACGACUGUGACGAAGACGAGGACCAUGGCUGUGACUUGGACUUAUACGACUACUGUGAGCCCGACGUCGAGUGUUUCGGCUUGUACGAGGAAUGGAGGGCAUUUUGAGCUUAAGUAGGAAAUUAGUAAUUGUUGUAGAGAUUAGUUAAUGAGUAAUGGCUUUCCUUCUGAAUUUUAUACAGAUAGAUAAUAAAGGACGCCUGAUGUGCCUCAAUAAUGGUUCGAGUACGUGGGUACCACCAUGCUGUAGUCUCACAA